AGCAGCCCCUGGACCCCUGCUCCCCGUGAACUCAUGCCGUGUGUGUUGUGUUUUCCUUCUGUGCCCGGCUCCCGGUCUCUCUGUGUGUCGCUGCCGCUGCCAUCCUCAUCCUCACCCUCAUCACCUCCAUCCUCCUCCUCCUCCUCGCCUCCGCGGCACCAGAAACCCGCUGGGCCGGGCCGCAAGGCGCCCGCCAAGCCGGCGCCCAAGCAGCAGAAACGGCAGCAGCUGAUGAGCACGGCCCCAGCCUACGGCAAAGCUCCCGGUGGCGGGAAAUCUCCCGGGAAAGCCCCCGGCAACGCCAAGUCCCCUGGCAACGGCAAAUCCCCCGGCAACAGCAAAUCCCCCGUCAACGCCAAGUCCCCUGGCAACGGCAAAUCCCCCGGCAACACCAAGAUGGCAGCGGCGGGGAAACACCCGGCCGUGAAAAAUGCCCUGGGCAAGGCCCAGACGGGGGGCAAGGCCUACGCUGGCGCCGGCGCGCCCAGGAAACACGGCAACGGCUACCAGCAGGAGGCUCCCAGCCCACCCCCUGCCGCUCCGGGUGAGGACAAGGUGCUUGUGGAGAAGUAUGUGACGGGGGAGGACACAGCUGUGACGGGGCAGGAGUACGAGUAUGUCUAUAAGGACUUUCCCGAGGGAGCCGAGCCAUCGGAGCUGGGGCCCGUGCUCUCUGCAGAGACCCCCCAGAACGGAGGCGUCACUUCUUGCUCGGAGUGA